ACCGGCGAUCAUAAUGUUGACUCGGUGUUUGUUGAUUAACGGUCGGGCGCGAGUUUGGGGUCAAGCGGUCUGCUUCAGGUCGCUGGUCGUCGAAAAUGCACGGUACGUGAGCGGCGGCGUCGUCUUCCGGUCACCGAAGCUCACGCAGGCAAAUUCUGCAUCACGGGCCGGCAUCGUCGAACGCAGGGAAAACACCUUUGCCGAUCGCAGUGAGCUAAAGUACGCACGGAGGGUAGUCGUCAAACUCGGCAGCGCCGUCAUCACCAGAGAGGACGAACACGGUUUGGCCCUCGGACGUCUCGCCUCCAUCGUCGAACAGGUGGCGGAGUGCCAAAACGAGGGCCGAGAAUGCAUCAUGGUGACGAGCGGGGCAGUGGCGUUCGGCAAACAAAAACUGACCAAAGAAUUGCUGAUGUCGCUGUCCAUGCGGGAGACUCUGUCGCCCACGGGGCACACCCGCGAGGAGGCGCCACUGCUGGUGGAACCGCGCGCCGCCGCCGCCGUAGGCCAGUCCGGGCUGAUGUCGAUGUACGACGCCAUGUUCGCCCAGUACGGCGUCAAGGUGGCCCAAAUCCUCGUCACCAAGGCGGACUUUUACAAUGAAGAGACGCGCAGGAACCUGAUGAGCACGCUCUCCGAAUUGAUCAGCCUCAACAUAGUACCGAUUAUCAACACCAACGACGCGGUGUCGCCACCGCCGCAGAUCGACGAACCCAUCGGCGGUAAGCCGGGCAAAAGGGGCAUCAGCCUCAAAGACAACGACUCGUUGGCGGCCAUGCUGGCCGCGGAGAUACAGUCAGACCUGCUGAUCCUGAUGUCCGACGUGGACGGCAUCUACAACAAGCCGCCGUGGGAACCGGGCGCGAGGUUCCUGCACACCAUCUCCCCCGAACACCGCCAAAACAUCGAAUUCGGACAGAAGAGCAAGGUCGGCACCGGAGGAAUGGACUCGAAGGUCAACGCUGCCAUGUGGGCCUUGGACAGGGGCGUGUCGGUGGUCAUCUGCAACGGCAUGGCCAAGGAAGCGAUAAAGAACAUCCUGUCCGGCAGGAAACUCGGCACCUUCUUCACCGACUGCGCCAUAACGGGCAGCGUGCCCACCGAAAUCAUUGCCGAAAACGCCCGCAACGGAGGUCGCCAACUGCAGGUGUUGACGCCGCAGGAACGGGCGUCCUGCGUGUACACCUUAGCGGAUCUGCUGGUUUCCAAACAGUCGCACAUUCUGGAUGCCAACCAGAAGGACCUGGAGCUGGCGCAGGAGUCGGGACUCGCGAAACCGCUCUUGUCCAGACUAUCGCUCACGCCGGCGAAGCUCAAGAACCUGUCGAUCGGUUUGAAGCAGAUUGCCGACUCGAGCUACAAUAACGUCGGCAGAGUGCUGAGGAGAACUAGACUGGCAGAAGGCCUCGAGCUGAAGCAGAUCACCGUGCCGAUCGGGGUACUGCUGGUGAUUUUCGAAUCCCGACCGGAUAGCUUGCCCCAGGUGGCGGCCCUGGCGAUCGCAUCCGCCAACGGACUGCUGUUGAAGGGCGGCAAAGAAGCGAGCAACAGCAACAAAGCGCUCAUGGAGUUGGUCAAAGAGUCCCUGAACACGGUCGGCGCGACCAACGCGAUAUCUUUGGUGUCCACCAGGGAAGAGAUCGGCGACCUGCUGACUAUGGAGCAGCACAUCGAUCUGAUCAUCCCGCGCGGGUCGAGCGACCUGGUGCGCAGCAUCCAGAGCCAGUCGCAGCACAUACCAGUGCUGGGACACGCCGAGGGAAUUUGCCACGUCUACGUAGACAAGGACGCCGACCUUAGAAAAGCGUUGAAAAUAAUCAGAGACUCCAAGUGCGAUUAUCCCGCAGCUUGUAACGCCAUGGAGACGCUGCUCAUUCACGAGGCGCUCCUCGAAGGCGACUUUUUCGCGGAGGUGUGCACCAUGCUGAAAAGGGAAGGGGUGAAGAUUUACUCUGGCCCGGCGUUGAACCAGCGGCUUACGUUCGGUCCGCCGCUGGCCGCCAGCAUGAAACACGAAUACGGCUCACUCGAAUGCUGCGUGGAGGUGGUCGCGGACUUGGAGGCCGCCGUGAGUCACAUACACACCUACGGCAGCGGUCACACGGAGGUCAUAGUCACCGAAAACGCCGACCGCGCAGACCGGUUUAUGAAGAAAAUAGACAGCGCGUGCGUAUUCCACAACGCCAGUUCUCGCUUUGCGGACGGUUUUAGGUUUGGUUUGGGUGCCGAAGUCGGCAUCAGCACAGCGAGAAUACACGCGCGCGGUCCGGUAGGCGUUGAGGGAUUGCUCACCACGAAGUGGCUGCUCGAAGGAAUCGACCACGGCGCAGCCGACUUCAGUGAAGAAGGCGGUAGGAAGUGGCUACACGAAUCGUUACCGAUCGAGUAACGAGAGAGCGUUUUUUUUCGUCCCGUUCACUUAAACGAAUUGUAUAUAUUUUUAAAACUGAUUCCGAGCGAUUUUGUGUAAAUAAUUUAUAGAUAAAUAAUAACAUUUUCGAUUUGUUUCGUUUUUAUUCACUCGUUAGU